AUGGAAAGAAGUCGUCCGUCCCGUUCUCGAAGGGCCGCCAAGGCCUGCUCGUUCUGUCGGCGCAGAAAGUUGCGCUGCGACGAGAAACCGACCUGCUCCAACUGCCAGGGAUAUGGAAAAGAAUGUGUCUACAUGACGGGUUCCCCGCGGCCAAGGCCGUCCAAUGCCCGCAUUGCUCGGCUGCUGGCCGAAAAUGAGAAGCUUCGAGAACGGCUAGGGGAUGCUCCGCGACAGGAUGCAGUUCAGCCCAGCGCAGAGGUCCAGGAACAGUCCGACGUCGACAAACGAGGCCAUCCCCAGUCGGUGGUCUCGGGCAUGUUUGUUUCGGCCAACGGGGAUUCCAGCUAUCAUGGCCUAACUAGUACCCUGUUUGAUGAUGCCCGGAUGAGCCGGCACAGCCAGAUGCAGCUGGCCGAUUACUCAGGCCCAGUGGAGCCCAUUCGCAAGCAGCUCAUGGGGGAAGCGGCUUAUCAGAGGCAACUGGAGGAAUUGAACUUUCGACAAGGAAAGCUAGACUUUGAUGGCGUCGACCCGGAGCUAGGAAUGCAUUUGCUAUCCCUCCACUGGAAUCGGCAGCACCACUCCUUUCUGAUCACCUACCGCCCAGCUUUCAUGCGCGACAUGGCCACCAAUGGUCCCUACUUUUCCAAAUUACUGCUUAACGCCAUCUACUUUGGAGCAUCAAAGUUCAGCAACCGGCCAGAGGUCCGGAAGGAUCCGGACGAUGCGCGGACGGCCGGGUGGACCUUUCGGAUGAGGGUCAAGGAACUGCUGGGCAGUGCUUUGGAUCGGAGUGAGAUCACCACAAUUCAAGCCUUGCUGGUCAUGACGAGCUCUCUUUUUGCAUUGGGGGACGAGCGUAGUGCCGCAUGGCUGUAUGCCGGGACUGCGUUUCGAAUGAUCAUCGAUCUCGGGAUGCAUGUGGAUGCGACGCUGCUUCCCAACAUGCGCCGGCUCUCCGGCGAGGAUCUCGAGAUCCGUCGGCGCGUCUUCUGGGGUGCCUUUGUGGUCGAUAAGAUUCAGUCGUUGUAUCAAGGGCGACCGGCCAGCCUCCAGCACUUCGACACCAAGGUUCAGCUGUCUUUCCUGGACCAUUUCGAGGAGCUCGAGCCGUGGCAGCCGUUUGCGUAUUCCGAUGUGCAGUCAUAUCCGGGGUCUCCAGCCUACAGUGUGUCGACAUUCACCCAGCUCUGCAAGCUGUCGCUCAUCCUGAAUGAGAUCCUCAACAAGGUCUACUCGGAAAGAAGCUCCAACCGGUCACCGCAGGAUCUCAUCGCGACGCUCAACUCACUGGACGUGCAACUCAAGAACUGGAAUGCCGCCCUGCCAGAUCACUUACGGUUCGACAACGAGACCACCGGUGCGGUACCGCCGCCUCAUGUCCUCUCGCUGCUGGCGCUGUACAACGUCUUGGUUAUCCUUCUCCACCGACCCUUUGUCUCCGAAGGUCAUCUUCACACCGCAGACCCGUCGGUUGCCCUGAGUUCCUUCACCACCUGCACGGCCGCGGCAUCCAGUAUCCUGCAUUUACUCCAGGCCUAUGAUCACACCUUUUCUAUCCGACGAGCGCCGUACCUAAUCUCAUACGCCACCUACGUUGCGGCGACGAUCUUUGUGCGAGUGGCGGCGCAGCGUGAAGGUGCCAGUCGAGCCCAUUCCAGUCUCCGCACUUGUCUGGACAUCUUCCAGAAAAACGAAGAGACCAACUGGGCCGUGCGACGAGCUCACAAUGUUAUCCUGCACCUGAUGGAGCGCAUGGGCGUUCACUUGGACCCUCACCCCGCCGUGCCCGCCGAGGCGGAGCGAAGCAUGGUCGAGCAGUCCCGGAACCUGGGUGACUCCUCAUGCGGCAGACCUCUCGGACUGGAAGGUGCUGGUAGUCGAGAGCCUCCGCCAGAUAUCGAGGUGUCUGAACUGGACAUUGAUAUGAUCAUUCAAAGCUUUAUUCGCACGCAGCCCAGACCCGCCGACGAGCAGCCCUUUUAUGAAAGCGUUGAGCCCUUUUUCGGCUCUGCUGUGCCUCACGCGGCUCACCAGGGUGCUUCGACUCUAUCUAUGCCUUCCACUGCUCCUGACUCAAUGUCUUAUGUGCCAUUCGAUGAUAUGCUGUUUGGGUUUAAUGGAUCUCCCCAGGACAAUCUAUUUGGCGAUUAA